UCCUCGGCUGAACACGCCCAUUUGAAGCGCGCGCACUCUCUCGCACCUCCCAUAGCAACGACGCAGGAAAGCAUCAUCAUAUCGUGUAGUCCUGCAGAGACUCCAUUGACACGCAGCACCAUCAAGAGUACAUAGAUAUAGGGUGGUUGCGUACGAAUAACUAUCUUGAUAAGUUCGCGAGUGAUAUAAAAAUUUUUUUGGAAAAUAAUAAUAAUAAGAAAACGUGGACGUGGACUUUUAAGUUUUGAAUCGUGAGUGAUUUUUAAUUUAUAUAUAUAAUUUAUAAAUUAUAUAUAUAUUUUAUUUUGGGAUUGUUGCAAAUAAAAUGAGACUUUGAUUAAAACCCAUAAAAUAAAUAAUCGUGUUUAAUUUAAAAAUAAAUUUUUCGGUGAUCAAUUUUGGGGGAUUCCCCCAAAACAGCCAUCACGAUUUUCGGGGAUACACAUAAGAUUGGCGGUGCGGGUGGCAGAGGAAUGUUCUGCUACCAUUGCCCGCCAUCAUUGCAUCCAGGUGCUCCACAACCAAGAUUACCACAACUGGAGUACCCAUUCACCCCCACACACCCUUAUACAAGCUACUCAUAUCAUCCGGCAAUUCACGAUGAUACCUUCGUUAGAAGAAAACAGCGAAGAAAUAGGACGACCUUUACGUUACAACAGUUGGAAGAAUUAGAGAGUGCAUUUGCUCAAACCCAUUACCCAGACGUGUUCACCCGAGAGGAUUUAGCGAUGAAAAUCAAUCUAACGGAAGCAAGGGUGCAGGUUUGGUUCCAAAAUAGGAGAGCUAAGUGGAGGAAAGCUGAGCGGUUAAAAGAGGAGCAAAGAAAACGCGAAGGCCAAGAUGUUAAGAAAGAUGAGGAAGCUAAAGAUGAGAAAUUAUCUCAAAGCGAAGAAAUUAACCCUGAUGUGUUAUCUGAGGAUAUCGCGCCGGAUGAAGAUAAUGGGAGGGAAUGCUCAAGUAGAAGCAGUGGAAGAGAAUCUCCCGAGCCUACAAGAAGUGCUGCGGAAGUCGUUACUUCAAGUCCGGCUUCUCCUAACAGCCCGACACCAUCGGCUUCUUCUGAACCACCCAGACCAGUCCCACCACCGUUUCCUCAUAUAUUCCCAUUCGGCGAUGGGUGAGUUUACUUUUAAGCUU